CUCUUUUAUUGUUAAUAGUUAUCUUAAGUAAGAUUUACAUUUACGCUUGAAUUAGUUUACUCGAGUCACGGUGUUCAAAAGCGCAACUAGCACAAAAACGUCCAUUUUCACCGUCGCUCAUUUUUUUCAAGUUGGCGGCCUCUUUUUUAGUGACACUACGAACUAGAUUUUUUAAUGGAGUUUAGAUUUAUGUUUCAAGCUUUGUGAUCGUACAUUUCGAGAUUCGUGAAAUAUUGAAGUGAUUAUCGCUUCUCGAGCAUCGUAAGUUUCCUGUGAGCAUUUUCCUAACCUCCGGUAACGCAAUUCCGCACAACUUUCGCGAUUUGAAGUUUCGCCAGUUGAAAGUGUUUUAGGUUAUGUUAAACUACCUCAUGCCAUUUAUUUCGUAAAUUUCUUGAACAAAUAUGUCAGAAAAUAGCAACACCACUUCGAUUAUGACAGAAGUGACCACUUUAAUUCGCAACUGGGAAGAUGAGCACGGAGAAGCUAAUUAUGACCCCAUUCAAACCCUCACCAGGUUGGCUGAAAUAUGUGAAGUGGAGACGGAAAAUUAUCUGAAAAUGGAUCCCGACCCGUUUGACGAGCGCCACCCUUCAAGGACAGAUCCAGACUGCAAACUUGGCCAAAUUUUAAAAGCGUUAUUUCGGAAAGACAACUUUAUGAAUAAGCUCGUGAAUGACUAUCUUAGAGACACUUAUUACUCGAGAACGGGGAUUACAGGGCGAGAUGUGGAUCAGUUGAACAUAGCUGCUUGUAGGUUAAUGCUGGACGUGAUGCCGGGCUUAGAAACGUCAGUGGUGUUCCAACCUGACAUGGACAACUUAAUUCACCGUUUGAUUAAAUGGACUACCAAUUCAAUAGAGCCGUUGCAAAGCUACGCCACUGGCCUUCUCGCCGCCGCUAUGGAAAUCCCGGAAAUUGCGACUCGUUUUAGGGAACAAAAUGGAAGACUUGUGCCUUUGUUGCUUCAAAGACUGCGUAGACUGCAAAACUCGUCAGAAUUUUCAGUUACAAGUAAUAGCACUCGACCUUUUGCACACCUCUCUACUAUGAAAUCGCCCCCAUAUCGUGGGGACGGUGUCAUAAAAAUACCGCCGUCGGCGGGCGUUAAAAGGCCUCGUGAAAAUGGAGUCACUCCUUCAUCAAGAUCUAGUCUAAAAGAAAACACUGAUCUAAAUUCCGCCAGAACUGAUAAUGACUUAUCGGAUAAUGAAAGCGGCCAAAAACGCAAACGAAUAAAAUUAGAUCAUGAACCAGCUGAGGAAGUGUCACAGAGUAGUCCCCAGAAGCUCAUUUUAUUCACUGAAACAAGUAAUUCUUCGUGGGCUGAGCUCGAAAGUUUUAUGAUUGGCACAGUGCAAAUUUUUCCACCUACGUUGGCCACGAGACAGAUACUCAUUUUGCGGUAUUUAACCCCAUUGGGUGAAUAUCAGGAGUUUCUGAGUCACGUUUUUGAAAAUGAUGCCCUUAGUUUGAUUCUGUGUUAUGUUAAUGUUAGGGUUACUAAGGAAGCGAGACUUGCCUUUGAGGCACUAAAAUAUCUUGCCGCUCUUUUGUGUCACAAGAAAUUUUCAAUUGAGUUUAUUCAAAUGGAAGGGCUUGAGGCACUUUUGGAGGUUCCAAGACCCUCCAUUGCGGCCACUGGGGUUUCUAUUUGUUUGUACUACCUAGGGUAUUGCGAGGAAGCUAUGGAGAGGGUGUGCUUACUGCCUAAAUAUAUUAUCACCAGCUUAGUCAAAUACGCCUUAUGGUUACUGGAGUGCUCCCACGACUCCGGCCGUUGCCACGCGAUUAUGUUCUUUGGUUUAACGUUCCAAUUUAAAGUGAUUUUAGAAGAAUUUGAUGCUCAAGACGGCUUACGCAAGCUUCACAAUGUGAUUUCAACUUUGUCCAUUUUAUUACCCGACACCGACCCCGCGCAACUCAACGAAGACCAAGAGUGCGCCGCCAGACAAAUAGUCCGCCAUGUUUGCGUAGCCUACCGUCGUUACUUAGAAGCUCACUUAAACUCGAAAGUCGAGCCAAUCAAAAGAUCGCAAUUACGACCUAACGAAAGACCCGCCCAACCGCCGGUGCCUGCCCAACCCAGCUACAAACCCUGCAAGUCGUCUCCCGAGGAAAUACAACAGAAUGUCGAACUUCUUCUGCAGCACAUGCCCUUCAGGGGGCACUGGGUUCCCGUCGACCAGUUGCUGAAGUUAGGGGGGAUAACGCUACUGUUGAAAAUUAUCGCCUUUGCGUACGAGUGGAACUACAGCGGGCGGGCCGAAACCGUGAGGUCGGCGCUGGAUGUGCUGGCGAUCGCGUGCGUGAUGCCGAAAGUUCAGCUUUUGUUCUGUGAACGGGUUGAGCUGCCUGAAGAGAGCGCCACGGUCGGGAUUAAUAUCAUCCUGGGGGCGGCGGAGGGGGAGAUAGUCGCGGAUGCCGAUGUGCAGAAGGCGGCGCUUAGGGUUAUUGUGAACUGCGUGUGCGCGCCGAUAUGUAGGGUUGGUGGUAAUUUGGCUAGGUUUUCUGCUAUUUUAAACUCGCCUAAUAAAAAAAUGAAAUUUAAGAGUAGCGAAGAACUUAUACAGAAGGUUUGGGACUGUGUUAGGUCGAAUAGUGGGAUAAUGGUUUUGCUCCAGUUGAUGAAUAUCAAAACGCCGAUCACUGAUGCCGAUUGUAUACGUACUUUGGCGUGUAAAGCGCUGGCGGGGUUGGCCAGGUCUGAAACUGUUAGGCAGAUUGUGUCGAAAUUGCCGUUGUUUACCAGUGGACAACUUCAAAAUCUCAUGAGAGACCCAAUCCUUCAAGAAAAGCGCCAGGAGCACGUCACUUUCCAAAAAUACGCCUUAGAAUUACUAGAACGCUUGUCAGGUAAAACAAAACACAGAGGAAACGACCUGGAGGUGUCUCUCGCCAACAUCCACCGGGCGAACGUUGUAGCCCAAACCAAAAUACUGUUCAACGACAGACAACUCCUCCAACUAAUCCACCAGCAUUUAAUAACCAAAGGUUACCCCGACACUGCCGCCAUGUUAGUAAAAGAAGCCAACCUAGGCAACGCGAUCACUCAGGUGUCAACGCACCAACCAACCAAAUUUAGAUACUCAACAACCCUCACCCCAUCUCGAUUUAAACUAACAUUAUCUGGAUCGCAGCACCGGAGUUUGCCGUCACCGGUCAUCCAGAAGGAGGAAACCACCACCAUCAUCAACGGAACCAACAGCAACUCGCCAGCCAUUAAACUAAUAAAGAAAACCCCUCAGAGUUUGAUUUCUUCAACCCCGGUCCAGAAUUCCAGAUUACAGAAACAGACGAACAGCGAUUUGGUGGUUCGAGUGCCGUCUCAGACCAUGUUGGAGGAGCUGACGAGUCCCGUCGAACAACCACGAGUCACUUUGGACUCGAUUAUUACCGAGUAUCUGACCAAUCAGCACGCUCUGUGCAAGAACCCGAUGGCCAACUGCCCCAAGUUCAAUCUUUUCAUCCCCCAUAAGUGUCCAGACCCCAAGCCAAAGAUAGCGUCGGCCAAUAAUUUUGUAGUGAGGUGUGCGCGACGCGCAAUCGGUUAUCAGUGCAAAUCGAUGAACAGGAAAUUUAUUCAUUCGAGGUUUUGUCCGGUUCAGACUAUUCGGUCAUCGUCAGACGGUGAUUUCUUCACGUGCGCGAAAUUUUUACCGGGUGAUAAAAGUAUCGUGGUGGGUGAUUAUAGUGGUGAUAUUCGAAUUUUUAAUUUGCAUAGUGGAAACGAGGAGCAUAUGUUUCAAACUCAUGAUAAUUAUAUUGUGCAUUUGGAGCCUAAUAGGAGUGGGGAGUUUUUGUUGACGAGCUCGACGUGGGGGAGACCUCGGUCGGCCUUGUGGGGAAUUAGAGGAUCUGAAAUGAAAUUCGCUUUAGAUGACGAAGAACACGUAGAAUUCAGUAAAGUGAAUCAAGACAGAAUCGUAGCAACAAAACUAGAAGUUGCAAACAUCUACGACGCGAAUACCGGCCAAUCAAUCACGAGAUUAGUUCCUACUGUAAGCAACCAAUACACCAGAAACAAAGCCACUUUUAGCCCCUUCGACGACUUAGUUCUCUCAGACGGCGUCCUCUUCGACGUCGCAUCAGGCAAACAAAUCCACAAACUAGAUAAAUUAAACCAAACUCAAAGUGGCGUUUUCCAUCCCAACGGCUUAGAGAUUGUGUCAAACACUGAAGUUUGGGAUGUCCGUACUUUCCACCUCCUCAAAACCGUACCGGUUCUAAACCAACGCAGUGCAAUUUUUUCGCCCGUCAACAGUGCAAUUUACGCCAUUUCCAUGGAGCAAGAACUGGAUGAUGGAGACUCUACUUUCGAUUCUAGUUUUAAAACCGUCGAUGCGAUGGAUUACUCGAGCAUUGCCACCAUCGACGUAAAAAAGAAUAUUUAUGAUCUUGCUGUCAACCGGUUCGACACUCAGAUCGUUAUUGUCGAGAACCAGGGAGUGUAUCAGUCUGUGCAGGAGUCCGUCGUCCGAAUAUACGAUGUGGGGAGGAAGAGGGAUGAUGAGGACGAACAAGACGAAGAAGACGAGGAAGAGGACGACAUGGAUGGAAGCGACGAUGAAGGUUCGGACAAUGAUGUUAUGGAUUUCCUAGAUCCUCUCGUCAUCAACCUGGGCGGCGACAAUGAAAACAACGACAAUAACGCCAAUAACGAGGAGGAUAACGACGACGACGACGAUAAUUUAUUGGAUAGUGAAUCUGAAAGUUGGACUAGUUUGUCUAGUGACUCCGAUGACUCUUUCGUGGAUGAUGUAUUUGAUCUUUGAAACCUUGAACAUGUUAAGCUAAGAUUUAAAUGUGAUAGAUUUUCGAAAAUAGAGUGUGUGAGGAGUGCA